AUGACAAAAGCUUCUGGACAGCAAGUUAACAUCAACAAAUCAGCUGUCUUCUUCAGCAAAAAUUCAAGUGAGAGAGAAAGGGAUGAGGUGUUGCAGAAACUAGGAGGAAUCCAGCAGGUGUCGCAAGGAAAGUACCUGGGCCUACCAUUAGUUGUUGGAAGGUCCAAAAAUAGUGUGUUCAGGUUUAUUAAAGAAAAUAUGAUGUCAAGGAUUCAAGGCUGGAAAGGCAAACUACUGGGUAAUGCAGGGAAAGAGGUGCUACUUAAAUCUGUUGCUUUGGCACUCCCCUCCUAUGCUAUGUCAGUGUUCAGACUGUCAAAGAGCCUAUGCAAAGAGUUAAGCGGGAUGAUGGCCAGAUUCUGGUGGGUAAAUGACCAAGGGGAAAAAAGAAUGCACUGGAAGAAAUGGACUAAUAUAGCGGAAAGGAAAAAGAACGGGGGUCUUGGGUUUAGGGAUUUACUUUGCUUUAAUGAAGCCCUACUAGCCAAACAAGCAUGGAGGCUAAUCACAUGUCCCAACUUGUUGGUGAGUAAGAAGCAAGUGGGGGAUGGUGCAUCAGUGGAUAUUUGGGAGGAUAGGUGGGUAGAAAGCUCAAAGACUGGGAAAGUCACCUCUCCAAAACCAGCGGGUUGUCAAACGAUCAAGGUCUGCAAUUUGAUCAAGGGGAAGCAAUGGAACAAGGACCUCAUCACAGUUCUGUUCUCUAAGGAGGAAGCAGAGGCAAUUUUGCAAAUACCUCUUAGCUUAUUCCAAAAAAAAGACAGAUACAAGUGGAGAUACACUGCAAAUGGGUCCUACUCCACUAAAUCCGGAUAUGGAAGGGCCAAAGACAGAAUCAAGGAGAUGAAUAGACCACAAGUAAACUCUAACACAAACAAAGAAAGGUCCAAGAUGCAGCAAGCUAGAUCAAGGAAUGAUGGGAAUAAACACAUUGAAAUCAUAGCAAACUUCCUCUGGCAAAUCUGGAAGACAAGGAAUGAGUGGAAUUUUAACCAGGUACUGAAGGAAGGACACCAAGUAUCCAAAAAAGCUAUGGAGGAAUGGAUGGAAUAUGAUGAGGCUGGAAGAGAUGUUAAGAGGGACAAUGAAGAGACCUCCCAACCAGGAGAUAGACAUCGCAUGCUAGUUGGAUUAAUGGAACAACAUAGCAAUAUCAUGUACACAGAUGCUGGAAUGAGCCAGGAGCCAUUGGAGGACUUCGUCAUCUUCUGUAUUUUACGUUUUCCUUCGCCAAUUGAACGGCUGACAACCUGUCACCAGGGCAAAGCUAAAGCAGGAGUGGGGAUUAUUGCUAAAGUUAACAAUGGCAGGAUACUUGUAACUUGGUCCAUCCCACACACAAGAGCCAAAGAUGCAGCAGAAAUGGAGGCUAUAGCCAUUCGAACAGCCUUGGGCAAGGCCAUAGAGGAAAACAUGACAUCUUUAUUGAUUAUGUCUGAUUGCAAAGCUGUUGUGGAUAGAAUCAAUACAGGAUGCCAAGGCCUAACCUCAAUGGACAUGCUAAUUGAAGACAUCAGACAGCUGAGUUGUUCCUUUUGGAAAUGUACUUUCUUUCACAUUAGGAGAGAAAUGAAUAUGUGUAGCCAUGGUUUAGCUAAGUUAGCUAUUAACCUGAUUCAAGAAACUAGGUGGAAGCAAUCCUUCCCUGUGUGGCUUAAUAGAGAAGCCCACAAUGACUUCCUGGCAGUUGCCAGUCUUUUGUAA